AUGGACAAAAAUGAAUACUUUAAGAUUAAUGAUAUAUAUUUAAAAGACACUUUUACAUUAGAAAAGGAGAAUAAACCUUUUCCCGUUAAAAUAUUAAAAAAUUUCGUUGAAAAUGAGGAAGCUCUUAAAGAAUUAAAAAAAGCUCUCAAAGAAACUCUAGAUUUAAGUGAAUUACCAGAAAAUGAAGAUAAACAAAUUAUUAAAAGUUUUGUUCAAUUUAUAAAAGAAGAUGUUAAAGAGUAUAUAAAAAAAGUUACUGGAUUUGAGUUAACAGAUAAAGUCACUUUAACUGGAAGUAGUUAUAAACAGGGAAAUUAUUUGUUACCGCAUAAUGACCAGAUUUCUAACAGAAAGGUUGCUUUUAUUUUAUAUUUGAAUGACAAAGAUAAAAAGAUUGAAGGUGGAAAGUUGAAUUUAUUUGAUGUCGAUGAGAACGAGUUUCCAUUAAAUGUUGUUUAUAUUUCUAACAAAAGUUGGCAUGAGGUUGAAGAAAUAUUAAAUAGUAAUGUUGAGAGGCUUAGUAUCAAUGGAUGGUUUCAUGUAAAAGAUGACAUUGACAUUGUCAGAAAAGAUAUUCCUGAUCCAAUAAAAGAAAUUAUUAAAGAGGAUUUUGAUUUAAGUUUAUUUUUAUCAAAUAGAAUGCUUGAUGACAAAUAUAUGACUGUUAUUAAAAAAAGAUUUGAAGAAGAUUCAUAUGUGGCUUUAGCUGAUUUUUUAAAAUCUGAUGUAUUGGAAAAUAUUAAUAAAGAAUUAAAAAAAGUUAAAUUUAAACAGGAAGGUCCAUGGCAUAAAAAAAAUAUUAUGGUUAUUGAUGAUGAUUCACUUGAAGAAGAUUCAAUUUUAAAAAAAUUUUUAAUCUGUUCACAAUCAGAUACUUUUAUGAAAUAUUUUUCUUAUAUCACAGGUUUACAUUUUGUUGAUAUUCCCGGUGCUGUUACAUCUUAUAAUGGAAUUGAAAGUAAAGAGGAAACUGAUGAUGUUGAAGAGAGUGGACCUUCAAAAAAAGCAAAAUUAGACAUUCCUGUGGAGGAUGUUACAACAACAAAUGAGAAGGAUGGAGAAAUUACAAUGUGUCAUAAAUUUUAUAGAAUUUCAAAAAAAUGUUAUAUUUGUGGUGAUGAUCAGGUUGCAGAAAAAGCUAGUAAAAAUGGGUGGUCUUUAGAUAUAAAGUUUUUCUUUACUGAUACUGAAUGGAAUAAUAAAGAAUUUGGUGGUUAUACAUCAUACAUAACACCGUAUAAUGAAAAAGAAAUUUUUAGAAUUGAACCUUUUAGUAAUGUUUGUUUUAUUGUAUUUAAAGAACCUAAAUGUUUUGAUAUAACAAAAUAUGUUAAACAUUGUUGUGGUGAUAAUUAUAUGAAUUGUUUAAGUAUUACAUACAUGGGAUUAAAUAAUGAUGUUGAUGAAGAAGAAGAGUAUUUAGAUGAAGAGACAGGUGAAGGAAUUUAUCUUGAUGAAGAAUUUGAUGAGGAAAAUUGUGAAGAAGAACAACAUCAAGUUUCUGAAAAUAUUCAUAGUCCACAUGAAGAGACAGAUGAAGAUGAAUAA